CCCUCCUCCCCCCUCUAAGGCAGUUUGUAAACUAAUAAUAACCUGGUUAUCAUGGCAGAAUGGGCUCCACCUAGGUUGGGUCGUUUCAGAAGCGGACUUUGCACUUCCUGAUGCUUCUGCCUCAGCCUCCCAAGUUUUAGGAUUAGAGGCUGUACUACCUCACUCACCCCAUUUCUUUGUUUCUAUCUCAGCUUUCCUGUCACCUACGCCAGAGAGUUGGUCUCUGCGGUUGAAGAGCACCGCCCCCUUUUCUUUUUAUAGAUUCCAUUGGGAUGGGCCUGUUUUGACCUCAACAAAGAUGGCGAGCUAAGCUUUGCCUUAGACCACGUUCCUUUCCUCUGCUGCGUGUGUGCCCUCACUUAUGAUGGGGCGCGGCCUAGCAAGGCCCCGCCUAGUUUCCUCACUAGGCUGCCAGGCCCUGGCGCAUAGUUAUGAAGGCAGUGGCUCCACCCUCCUGUCCUCUCAUUGGUGCGGCUCGGACUCCGCACAGGCAUUGGCUGGACGGACGCACACCCUUCCCCCCACCCCUAGAUCUGAUGGGGACCGUGGUAGUGCAGACUCUGGAGGGGCUGCCGGGAGGACAUGGCGUGUGUACAGAAGCUGCAGCAGGAGCUGACCAUAAGCCAAGGGUCUAGGAGUGCUUGAGACUGGGCCUAGGUCAUGGCUCCGCCACCACCACUGCCAAUGGCUGCCAAUACUCCAAUACUGCAUGGCGAGUUUGGCUCCUACCCAGCCCACGGGCCACGGUUUGCCCUCACCCUCACGAUGCAGGCCCUGCACAUACAGCGGUUGCUCCCAAAGCCAGAAGCCCGGCCCCGAGAUGGCCUAGUUCCUCUGCACGAGGUCUCAGGCUGUGGGACUCUGCAAAGCCGGAGCCCCUCAGACACGGCAGCCUACUUCUGUGUCUACACCUACCCAAGGGGCCGGCGUGGGGGCAGGCACAGAGCUACUCGCACCUUCCGGGCUGACGGGGCGGCCACUUAUGAGGAGAAUCGUGCAGAGGCCCAGCGCUGGGCAACGGCUCUCAUGUGUCUCCUCCGAGGAGUGCCUCUGUCGGGGGAUCAGGAAAUCACCCCUCAACUGCUGCCCCGGAGGUCCAGGCUGCUCAUAUUGGUCAAUCCUUUUGGCGGGCGUCGUGUGGCCUGGCAGCACUGUAUGGAACACGUGGUGCCCAUGAUCUCCGAGGCUGGGCUGUCCUUCAACCUCAUACAGACAGAACGACCAAACCAUGCCCGUGAGCUGGUGCAGGGCUUGAACCUGAAGGAGUGGGGAGGCAUUGUCACUGUCUCGGGAGAUGGGCUGCUCUAUGAGGUGCUGAAUGGGCUCCUUGAUCGCCCAGAUUGGGAAGACGCCGUGCGCAUGCCCAUUGGGGUCCUCCCCUGUGGUUCCGGCAAUGCCCUAGCUGGGGCAGUCAACCAUUACGGCGGGUUUGAGCCGGCUGUCGGUGUUGACCUGUUGCUCAACUGCUCGCUGCUUCUCUGCCGGGGUGGUAGCCAACCUCUGGACCUGCUCUCGGUGACGCUAGCCUCAGGAUCCCGCUGUUUUUCCUUCCUGUCAGUGGCCUGGGGUUUCCUGUCAGACGUGGACAUCCACAGUGAGCGCUUCAGGGCUCUGGGCAGGGCUAGAUUCACAGUGGGUGCAGUGCUAGGCCUGGCCACACUGCAUACCUACCGUGGGCGCCUCUCCUACCUCCCCGCUACCACGGAACCAGCCUUGCCCAUCCCAGGCCACAGCCUGCCCCGAGCCAAGUCAGAACUAGCCUUGGCCCCAGUCCCAGCCCCGGCCGUCACCCACUCACCUCUACAUCGGUCAGUGUCUGACCUGCCCCUGCCCUUGCCCUCCUUGGCCUCCCCUGGCUCCCCUGAGCCCCUCCCUACCCUCAAUGGUGGUGGCCCUGAGCUGACUGGGGACUGGGUGGGAGCUGGAGAUGCGCCUCUAUCCCCAGACCCACUGCUGCCCUCAUCUCCCAACUCUCCCAAAACAGCUCAGCUUUCACCCAUCACUGAAGGGCCCCCAGAAAAGGCAGCAUCCUCGGGGUCCCCAUCUCCCACCCUCAAUGCUCCAGAAGCCUCUACCUGGGGCCCAGCUGACCAUCUGCUCCCUCCCCUGGGCUCUCCACUGCCCCAAGACUGGGUGACAAUAGAGGGGGAAUUUGUACUCUUGCUGGCCAUCUUGCCCAGCCACAUCUGUGCAGAUCUGGUGGCGGCCCCCCACGCACGCUUUGAUGACGGCUUAGUGCACCUGUGCUGGGUGCGCAGCGGCAUCUCACGAGCUGCACUUCUACGGAUUCUGCUGGCCAUGGAGCAUGGGAACCAUUUCAGCCUGGGCUGCCCGCACCUGGGCUACGCUGCAGCUCGGGCCUUCCGCCUCGAGCCUCUCACACCUCGUGGCCUACUUACUGUCGAUGGGGAGUUAGUGGAGUAUGGGCCGAUGCAGGCGCAGGUGCAUCCCAGGCUUGCCACACUGCUCACCGGGCCUGCGGGUCAAAGGCCAAGAACCUAA